AUGUCGGGUCUGCAACUGCACACCGCUGCACCUAUCAAAUCACCUUCUACGAUCAAAACGACCUUACCAUCGUUUGAUGAUCUCCUCAAAUCGUUGGAAGAGCCUUCCACGGCUACUUCACAUCACAUACAAAAUCCACACCACGUCCAUCCUCACCAUGUACAUCACCAACAUAUGGUACAUCCUCCCUAUCCUCACCAUCACCAUCAGCACCAUCAUCAUUACCGACCACCUUCCACACCACCCACACCAAGAUUAUCCUUGUCCGGUUCCUCAUCUUCCGAUGAAGAUCACAUUCACUCUGCAACCUCAUCAAGGUCGUCCUCCCGACUUGGCGGUAGAAAGAGGCGAUCUAACAGUCUUCCAUCGAUCUCACGAACUCAUAUGAAAUCUCCUUUCAGGGAAUUGAGCAUUUUGCCUCAUUCGAUAGAACAUCACACGAAUCGAAUACAGAAACUCAAAGAAGGUGAUGGUGAAUGGGCACCAUACUCUCUCAAUGCAGUGGCUCCAUCUUCUUUGCCAUAUCACGCACGACCACAUUACCUCCCGCGAUUUUCGACCGGAUCGAUUCCCCAUGCUCCAGCUCUAGCUCCUGACACCUACGCCUACACCUCCAAGAACAAUAGCGAUACCGUCCAUACCGCCUAUGAGCAUACAUCGAAGAUCGAUGAGCGGGAGCAUUUCACACUCACCACUCAGCACAAGCGAACCUAUGACUCCAUCUUCCAUCUCGAUUCCAUACAUGAACAACCCCAUGAACCGAUCGCCAAACGUCAGUGCAACCCCAACGAAAGGUUAUGGCACUUCAUCGGUGAAAAAGGAUGUCAAUUACACUAUUCCCACCAACAUGGAUAUCGACCUGAACAUGGACAUGGACAUGUAGCGUCACAGCAAUUACAGCAGAAACAACAAGAUUCGAUAGUGGCUGAAGCUAUAUUGAUGCAUAUGAUGAGAGUUGGAGAUAAGAGGGCUUGGAGUAUGAUGUGA